CAGAGGCCGAACUCGGGAUCUGACAAGAUGGCCGGGCUGCCCCGCAGGAUUAUCAAGGAAACCCAGCGUUUGCUGGCAGAACCAGUUCCUGGCAUUAAAGCAGAGCCAGAUGAGAGCAACGCCCGUUAUUUUCAUGUGGUCAUUGCUGGCCCCCAGGAUUCCCCCUUUGAGGGAGGGACUUUUAAGCUUGAACUAUUCCUACCAGAAGAAUACCCGAUGGCAGCCCCUAAAGUACGUUUCAUGACCAAAAUUUAUCAUCCUAAUGUAGACAAGUUGGGAAGAAUAUGUUUAGAUAUUUUGAAAGAUAAGUGGUCCCCAGCACUGCAGAUCCGCACAGUUCUGCUAUCGAUCCAGGCUUUGUUAAGUGCUCCCAAUCCAGAUGAUCCAUUAGCAAAUGAUGUAGCGGAGCAGUGGAAGACCAACGAAGCCCAAGCCAUAGAAACAGCUAGAGCAUGGACUAGGCUAUAUGCCAUGAAUAAUAUUUAAAAUCGAUCUGAUCAUCAAGUUCUCCUGUUCUCCUGUUCUGCCAAGACUUCUUCCUUUUUUGUUUGCAUUUAAUGAACACAGUCUUAGAAACAUUACAGAAUAAAAGCCCAGACAUCUUCAGUCCUUUGGUGAUUAAAUGCACAUUAGCAAACCUAUGUCUUGUCCUGAUUCACUGUUGUAAAGCAUGAGCAGAGGCUAGAAGUACCAUCCGGAUUGUUGUGAAACGUUUAAAAGCAGUGGCCCUUCUCUGCUUUUAUUCAUUUCCCCAUCAUGGUUUGAGUAUAAAGCACUGUGAAUGAAGGUAGUUGUCAGGGUUAGCUGCAGGGGUGUGGGUGUUUUUCUUUAUUACUUUUUUUGAGGGGGAGAGGUAGUUUUAUUUUAAUUUUUUGGGCUCCUUUCCCCCCUUUUAUGGUGAUCUAAUUGCAUUGGUUAAAAGCAGCUAACCAGUUCUUUAGAAUAUGCUCUCUAGCCAAGUCUAACUUUAUUUAGACGCUGUAGAUGGACAAGCUUGAUUGUUUGAACCAAAAUGGGAACAUUAAACAAACAUCACAGCCCUCACUAAUACCAUUGUGACUUGCUGUCAAGUGUAGAAUCCUUCCUUCAAGAAAAAGCUUGUGACCAUUUUGUAUGGCUUGUCUGGAAACUUCUGUAAAUCUUAUGUUUUAGUAAAAUAUUU